CUCAGUAACUUUUACUCUGGACAGGUUUUGAUAUAUCUCCCCAAUUGGGCCUACCAGGUUCCUGGGUGUGACUAUUACUUUUAGAGUUACACCCCUACAGGGCCGGCUCUGCCUAUAGGCAAAAUAGGAAGCCGCCUAGAGCGCCCUCUUGAUGAAGGGGCGCAGCACUGCCUGCCGCAAAAAAGUUAGCCAGCCAAUAGCAUGGGGAGGAGGUUUGUUACAGAAAGUAUUGGGACACCAUCCCGUUCAACCUACAGGAGCUUUUUAGGACAUCCAAGUCUAAAUCCAUAGACAUUAAUAUGGAGUUGUUAACCCCUUCGCAGAAACUAUAUGCUACUAAUCCCAGCUGAGCUGCACUAUCCAUCUACAGAGAGAGCCUGCCUGCUGCUGGACAUUCGGAAAGGAUUCUUCACUGUGACUGCAACCUUAUAAGUUCAAGAGCAGAACAUCACAUUGUUCAAAGGACGACCUAAGACAGGAUUUUACUGCUGUGACUUUAAGGUUCCUGCCCCUAGUGGUGGCUCCUCUGAGGUUGGAACUGUAAGAAUUGUCGCAGAAGGAGACGUCACAUUUGAGGAGACAAAACAAUUGGUAAUCCAAAAAAUAUCACCGGGGAUCGUGGUGCAGACGGAUAAACCAAGUUACCAGCCAAGUGACACUGUGAAAUUCCGUAUUGUGACGUUGAAUAAGGACUUUAUGUGCACUAAGCUGAAGUACGAUGUUGUGGACCUAAAGGAUCCAUACAGUAACCGCAUCUUUCAGUGGUUGGACGUGAAGACCAAAAUGUGCAUUGCAGACUUGAGCUUCAACUUGAUGUUAGAUCCUAUUCUGGGUAACUAUACCCUCAGUGUAGAGAAUGGACUGGCACUGAUGACCUUUCUUGUGGAAGAGGCUGUGCUUCCCCGUUUUGAAGUCACCAUCCAAAAUCCAUCUGCAAUUUUUGCCGAGGAUCCUACAUUCCCACUGAAAAUUUGUGGAAAAUACACAUAUGGGAAAGGGGUGCAAGGAAGAAUAUAUGCCGAACUUUGCCGUAAGCCUUAUGGGGUACCAAAUGGGAUCUGUACUGAGGUCAAUGGACAGACAGAUGUCACCGGCUGCUUCCAGACUAUGGUAGAUGGGAAUGAGUUGCAACUCAGAAAUCCUAGUUAUAUUUCUUACAGUGUUGAGAUAAGUGCGUCUGUGUCAGAGGCCACAGGGGUAAAGGCUUCCGCCACCCGAUCCGUUCCAGUUUUUUUUAUAGCCGUAUUUCUGACAUUUGAAGACAUGGACUCUUUUUACAAAGGUGGACUCACGUACGGUAUAACGCUGUUUGCGCAGGGUCGGGACGGUGCCCCGCUCCAAUUUAACAAUGCUUCUCUGGAAGUCAUCUAUGAAAAUGAAACAAAUACUGUAAAUGGACGAACAGAUAAAACGGGGCGUGCCCGCUUCAGCCUGGACACAUCACAAUGGAGCGGGCAAGUCACAAUCCGGGGAUACAUGAGCUCCACACCUGCUGGACCAAUCAAAGAAGUCGUUCCUGACGCAUUUCAGUCUGUGCGCCCCUAUUACAGUGAAGCUAAGAGCAUGUUACGACUGAAGCCCAUCUUUGGAACCAUCCCAUGUGGACAUACAGUCAACAUACGAGUGGAAUAUAACCUAAGCCCAAGUGACCUAAUGAAAGACUGGGCAAGCGUUAAAUUCUAUUAUGUGGUUAUAGGUAAAGAUGGGAUCAUGCUCCAUGGACAAGAAACUAUUGUAUUGGACACAGAGGCCUCACUUCAUGGAUGGUUAUCAGUUUCAAUCACUUUCACAUCAAAGUUUGGACCAGCUCCCAAAAUGUUGGGGUUCCUGUUGCUAAAAAAUGGGUCUGUGACUGCCGACAGACUGCUCUUCAAUGUGGAGAAGUGUUUUCCGAACCAGGCCUGGUUGAAGUUUGCCCGGACAGAAGCCAGCCCAAAAGCUGAGCUCAGUCUCCACAUCGGAGCCUCAGCCAGAUCUUGGUGCUCGAUCCGAGCUGUGGAUAAAAGCGUUCAGAUUAACAAUGAAGACAAGGAGUUGACUGCGGAUACAGUUUCUAAUAUGUUUAAUGACUUAAUAAGAGGUGGAUAUCCGAGCACAGUACAGGAGAGACCAUUUCUACGUUGCUGGUGGCCUUCAUAUUUUGGAUGGGAUGGUUAUUCGGUGGACGUGUUCAGUUUAUUCAAAGAAAUCGGUAUGAAGAUACUAACAAACACUCACAUACUGCAGCCACCGGUUCCCCCCGUAACCUGCGAUCAGCCUUCAGACACAAACCUCUAUGCCGCUAAUGUGCCACCGCAGCCGUCUCCGUCACCUGGUGUGGUUAGAGCUUUUUUCCCUGGCACCUGGCUCUGGGACCUUGUGCCCAUCGGUAAACUUGGUCGAUCAAGCAUCCAGGUCACAGUACCAGACUCCAUCACGCAAUUCAAUGCCAGAGCCUUCUGUAUGGGAGACCAGGGAUUUGGCCUGUCCCCACAAAUUUCUUUGACUGUCUUCAAACCGUUCUUCGUAGAUCUUGUUCUGCCAUAUUCCAUCAUUCAAGGAGAGACGCUGUCUCUUCAAGCUGUUGUCUUCAAUUAUCUCAGACAGUGUUUGAUGGUCCGGGUGACCCUGCACAACUCUACAGAUUUCUCAGUGAAGGAUUGCAAGGACUGUAUGAGGUCUAGUUGUGUCUGCGCCGGUCAAACAGUGACCUUCAGCUGGAAUAUCACGGCCGACACCAUAGGAUUGUUGGCCCUCAUGGUGAGAGCUGAAGCAGUGACCAGCAAUAUUACCUGUAAUGGGGCGAUACCAUAUGUGCCCAUUGGUGGAAGGCUAGACAUAGUGAAAAAACAACUCUUUGUUAAACCUGGAGGCAUCAAGAAAGAGAUGGCUGAAAAUAUGUACUUGUGUCUGAAUGCCUCAGCUAACAACAUACAAAAAUCCAUCUCCCUUACAUUACCAAGUACAUGGGUGGAGAAAUCCCAGGAAGCAUAUGUCUCUGUGUUAGGUGACAUUCUAGGGACAGCGCUGCAGAACCUCGAUAGACUCAUCGUAAUGCCGUAUGGCUGCGGAGAACAAAACAUGCUGACCAUGGGACCCACUAUAUAUGUGCUGGAUUAUCUCAAAGCCACCGGACAGCUGGACACUACUCAGAAAGAUAAAGGCAUAGGUUACCUGCAAAGCGGAUAUCAGGGAGAGCUCGCCUUUAAACACAACGAUGGCUCAUAUAGCGCAUUCGGAGUGAAAGAUGAGGAAGGAAACACUUGGCUCACUGCUUUUGUGAUAAAGUGUUUCUCCCAGGCUAAAAACUACAUAUUUAUUGAUGAUGACGUCCUGAGCCAGGCUGUGACUUGGCUUGGUCUACAGCAGGGAGUUGAUGGCUGCUUCAUCAGUCGAGGGAAACUAUUUCAAUCAGCCAUGAAGGGUGGAGUAAAUGAUGACGUCUCCCUCAGCGCUUACAUCACAGCGGCCCUUCUGGAAAGUGGCACCCCAGGGAAUGACCCUAUGCUGGUUCGUGCUCUCUCCUGUUUGAAAAACAAAAUGACGACAUCUUCAAACACAUACACUAUGGCACUAUUGGGGUAUACCUUUGCCCUUGCCAAUGACAUUGCAACCAAGAAGAUACUUCUGGACAAACUGCUACCACUUGCUGUGUCCUCAGGUGCUGACCUAUACUGGGCGUACACUCUUCAGUCUUCUGAUGGAUCAGUAUCGGCCAGCGUAGAGUUAUCCUCAUAUGUCCUCCUGGCGUUGACUACUGCCCCAAUAGUAUCACAAAAUGAUAUCCUAAAAGCCUCCCAGAUUGUCACCUGGUUGGCUAAACAGCAGAAUCCCUACGGGGGUUUUUCUUCUACACAGGAUACAGUGGUGGCAAUUCAAGCUCUUGCCAAGUACACGAGGCUAACGUUCAAUUCUAAAGGCACCUUGUCAAUCACGGUUUCUAAGAACAGCAAGACUUUGAAGGAAUUCAAGGUGGAUGAAACCAAUCGUCUCCUCCUCCAGACGGCGCCCCUACCAGACAUUCCUGGGGAAUACAACCUGCUUGUUAAAGGGAUUGGCUGUGUGUUCAUUCAGAGCGUCCUAAAAUACAAUGUUGUGCCGGUAUCAGGACCAUCUGCCUUUAGUAUUAAUGUCAAUUUGGAGGGUUGUGACUAUGGCAAGGCAAUAUUACGUCUUCGGAUAACAGUCACAUACACUGGAAAGAGAAGUAUUACUAAUAUGGUCCUUAUUGAAGUGGAAAUGGUCUCAGGAUAUCAGCUGGUCGAUGAAGUAAAAUACCAGCUCCAGACGUUACCUCUGGUCAAGAAAGUUAAUGUCCAGCAGAAUCUUAUUACCAUUUACCUGGAGGAGCUUGAUCAUACACCACAAGAAUAUGACAUUGUAAUACUGCAAGUCAACCAGGUCCAGGACUUGAAACCAGCAAACAUAAGGGUGUACGACUAUUAUCAGACAGAGGAGAACACAGUAACUACGUACAGUGGCUGCCAGUGACAAUCUACAGCUCUUCCCUCCAUGGACAGUACAGGACCAUAUUACAAAAACUGGGUCUGUGGUGGUGAUUCAAGCCCCGGUCUAUGGAAUUAAUAUUUGCACCGUAACUAACCAUACAUUAGGGGUGGAAUAGAUGUCACUGUGGUACAAUAUUACAUUAAAACUGAAUUUUAAC